UUUGGUAAUGUAGGAAGGUGGAUAUACUCAUGAUAUACCUACGACCUUGCAUAGGAGCAAAGCUGACUGUCCAGUGCCAGAUGAGCUAGUUACUGUUAGUGUUGAUGGCUCUGUGCUUGAUCGAAUUGCUAAAAUCAUGUCGUAUCUUCGUCUUGGAUCAUCUGGGAAGGUUCUUAAGAAGAAAAAGAAGGAGAAAGAUUCUAAAAGAAAGAGUUCGACUAUUGCUAAUGAUUAUGAAGAAGACGAUAAAUCAUUAAAACCUGAUGGUAGUUUGGCAAGGAACAGGAGUGAUAUAGAGGUUGCCUUGCCACCACCUCCGCCACCACCUCCCAGAAAAAAUCAUCUUGAUUUGAGCGAUAAACAAGUUCCAGUUGUUUCUAGGGCAGAAGAGGAUGAUAUCUUUGUUGGAGAUGGUGUUGACUAUGCUGUUCCUGGCAAAGAUGUGACACAAAGUCCAAUUUCGGAAGAUAUGGAAGAGUCUCCCCGAAAUAAGGAAAGAGUCUCCUAUUUCACAGAACCUGCAUAUGGCCCAGUCCAGCCUUCUGUGCCUGCUCAGGAAUGGCAAGAACUGAAUGGAUACAGUACCAUGCAAACACAAGCAUUGGCAAGUGGCUACCAGGGAGAGUGGCAGGAUUACCAAUAUGCUGAGCAGUUGGCUUAUCCUGAACAGUACCUCCAGCCGGAUAUGCAGAGUUAUGAUGUUCAAGCUGGUUUGACUAUUCAACAGGAUCCACGCUUCAUGACCCAAGAAGAGAAGGAUAGAGGUUUAGGGUCUGUCUUCAAGCGGGAUGAUCAGAGGCUUCAACAGUUGAGGGAGAAAGAUGCACGAGAAAAAGAUCCAAACUUCAUCUCUGAGAGUUAUUCUGAAUGCUAUCCUGGGUAUCAAGAAUAUAACCGUGAGGUUGUGGACAGUGAUGAUGAAGAUGACUUGUCAAAAAUGGAUUGGGGUGGAAGGGCGAAGGGCCGCCUUCAUCGAUGGGACUUCGAGACAGAAGAGGAAUGGGCAACAUACAAUGAGCAGAAGGAAGCAAUGCCAAAGGCUGCAUUCCAGUUUGGAGUGAAGAUGCAAGAUGGUAGGAAGACGCGGAAGCAGAACAGAGACCAGAAGCUCAAUAAUGAAUUGCAUCAGAUUAAUAAGAUACUUGCCAGAAAGAAGAUGGAGAAGGAGUCAAAUGGUGAAGCUAGUCAUCAUAUGGAUGAUAUGCAAUCUGUAAAAAAGCUCCGCAUAUGAAGUUCUGAGGUUGACUGGAGUGCGAUGUUUGCCCAUGGCAGUCUAAUGUUUUCUUUUGGUAAAACGUUUGUUUGUAUUUUAGAAAGGCACUUACUUAAUGUGUGGAUUCCUGUCUUCGUUGCAGGGCUCCUUGAAGGAUUGUCCAUAUAGUAAAAAUGGUAGGCUAAAACAUACCAGUUUCGGCUCAGCGCGUCAAUAUAUUUUUUAAUGGGAGGUUAGUCAUCUCUUUUUUUUUUUGGGAAUAUUAUUAUUGCUAUCUCUUGGUUCUGAAAUCCCACUGAAUAACUUUAUGUUCGCCA